GGCGCACCGGGCUGCUCCCCGCCGCACCGUGCGCCAUGGCGCUCCCCGGGACCUGGGCCCGCGGCUGGGCGGCAGCGGCCAAAAUUGCCCAGAGGCGCCGCCACGCGGAGGGCGCGAGAGGAUCUUCGAGUCGUGCGCCCCCGAGCUCGCGCGCGGCGCUUUACGUGCACUGGCCGUACUGUGAGAAGCGCUGCAGUUACUGCAAUUUCAACAAAUACGUCCCCCGCGGCGUGGAUGAGGCAGCCAUGCGGAGCUGUCUGGUGACCGAGGCUCAGACUCUGCUGCGACUCAGCGGGGUGCGGAGGGUGGAAUCUGUGUUCUUUGGUGGGGGCACCCCCAGUCUGGCCAGUCCCAGCACUGUGGCUGCUGUCCUGGAGGCGGUGGACCAGGCAGCUCACUUGCCUGCAGACUCCGAAGUCACAUUGGAGGCCAACCCCACUUCGCCCUCCGGCGCCAGGCUGGCAGCUUUUGGGGCUGCAGGGGUCAACAGGUUGUCCAUCGGCCUCCAGUCCCUGGAUGACACCGAGCUCCAGCUGCUGGGGCGGACACACUCGGCCAGAGAUGCUCUCCAGACACUGGCAGAGGCGCGGCGCCUCUUCCCCGGCCGCGUGUCUGUGGACCUGAUGCUGGGGCUGCCAGCCCAGCAGGUGGGGCCGUGGCUCGGGCAGCUGCGGAUGCUGCUGGGCUGCUGUGACGACCACCUCUCCCUCUACCAGCUGACCCUGGAGCGGGGCACCGCACUCUUCACCCAGGUGCAGCGGGGCACCCUUCCUGCCCCUGACCCCGAGCUCGCUGCUGAGAUGUACCAGGAGGGACGGGCCGUGCUCCGGGAGGCCGGCUUCCGCCAGUAUGAGGUCUCCAACUUCGCCCGGAAUGGGGCGCUCAGUACCCACAAUUGGACUUACUGGCAGUGCGGUCAGUACGUUGGCAUUGGGCCUGGGGCCCACGGGCGAUUUGUGCCCCAGGGGGCUGGGGGCCACACCCGGGAGGCUCGGAUCCAGACCCUGGAGCCGGACAACUGGAUGAAAGAGGUGAUGCUGUUUGGGCACGGCACCCGGAGGCGCGUCCCCCUGGGCCAGCUGGAGCUGCUAGAGGAAGUUUUGGCCAUGGGGCUACGUACAGACGUGGGGAUCACUCACCAGCACUGGCAGCAGUUUGAGCCCCAGCUGAGCCUCCGGGACGUGUUUGGAGCAAGCCAGGAGGUGAAGGCACUGCUGGCUCAGGGCCUGUUGCUGCUGGAUCACAGGGGUCUUCGGUGUUCCUGGGAGGGUCUGGCUGUGCUGGACUCUCUGUUGCUGACCCUCCUGCCUCGACUCCAAGAGGCCUGGCAGCAGAGAACCCCCUCCCCUGUGCAAGGAGGAUGACCAGACGCUCCUGUGUCCCAGGACCAUGCCAGGUGGGCUUCGGGGGCGGGACUGAGGCUUUCCACUGGCAGGUGCCAUCUCAGCACCAGUCACUGCCCAGCCUUGGCAUCCUCAGGGGCAUGGCAACAGUGAGGUGCAUGCGAGGACAUUUCUGGUUUGGGAACUUGCAUC